ACACGAUUUAGGACCAAAAAAGUAGGGCGAGUGUUGAUGACGUCAUAAACACGCUUCCGUCAUCGUCAAGCGCCUUACAGUCAGCUUUUUUUGAACGGUUUUGUUCCAUCAGCAACUGAUUUAAAACACAGUUUUCAACAAUGUCACGAAGAUAUGAUUCCAGAACAACCAUCUUCUCACCUGAAGGGCGUCUCUACCAGGUUGAGUACGCGAUGGAAGCAAUUGGACAUGCAGGCACGUGCCUGGGAAUUUUAGCCAAUGAUGGAGUGCUGUUGGCUGCAGAGAGGAGGAACAUCCACAAGCUGCUGGAUGAUUUUUUCAUCUCAGAGAAGAUUUACAAGCUAAAUGAAGACAUCGCCUGCAGUGUGGCAGGAAUCACAUCAGAUGCCAAUGUGCUGACAAAUGAGCUGAGGCUGAUCGCUCAGAGGUUCCUGCUGCAGUACCAGGAGCCAAUUCCCUGUGAGCAGCUGGUCACAAGUUUGUGUGACAUCAAACAGGCCUACACACAGUUUGGAGGAAAUCGUCCUUUUGGAGUUUCACUCCUCUACAUGGGCUGGGAUAAACAUUACGGCUUCCAGCUCUACCAGAGUGAUCCCAGUGGAAAUUAUGGCGGCUGGAAAGCCACAUGCAUCGGAAACAACAGUGCUGCAGCUAUGUCUAUGCUGAAGCAGGACUACAAAGAAGGAGAAAUGACCCUUCCCUCCGCCCUCGCACUGGCGGUUAAAGUUCUGAAUAAAACCAUGGAUGUCAGCAAACUGUCUGCGGAGAAAGUGGAAAUCGCCACCCUGACACGUGUAAACGGCAAGACCUGCAUCAAGGUGCUGAAGCAGAAGGAGGUGGAUGCGCUGAUCAAGUUGCACGAAGCAGAGGAGGCCAAAGCAGAGAAAGACAAGAAGGAGAAGGAACAGCGAGAGAAGGACAAGUAAAGCUGGUGUCGUCCUUCCAUGUUACAUCAACAUCUUGUCCCCAAAAGUGAACAGCAGCUUGUGUCCUUUGAUGUUUUUCAAACUUGUAAAUAUUUGACUGGAAAGCAAUAAAAACAUAUUGGUUUCACUUUAA